AUGUCUGGAAUAUCUUAUGACUUCAGCUCCCUUUGCGAGGAAUUGGGUAUUCAACGAGGCUCUUGGAGGAUGUCUUUUCGACUGCUAGCACCUCUGUUGAGUGUGUUUGUGCGCUCUUGUGGUCCACCGAAUUCAACUAUUAGAUUGGGUAAAGCCGCAGUUGGUAGGGCCGUAGUGAUAGCUCGGCAAAAGAUGACCGAAGUAGAGAAGGCACAGAAGGCUACUCGCGAAAAAGACACAAUUUUUGACAAAAUCAUCAGGAAGGAAAUUCCCGCGAAGAUCAUCUUUGAAGAUGAUGAGGUUCUUGCCUUCCACGAUGUCAGUCCGCAAGCACCCGUGCAUUUCCUAGUCAUACCCAAGAGAAAGGUGGCAAUGUUGCAAGAGGCUGAAGACAGUGAUCAAGCCUUACUCGGAAAGCUCAUGUUGACUGCAGCUAAGGUUGCUCGGGACCUUGGUCUCGAGAAUGGUUAUCGGGUAGUGGUCAACAAUGGAAGAGACGGUUGUCAGAGUGUUUUCCAUCUACAUCUUCAUAUUCUUGGCGGACGUCAGCUAGGAUGGCCACCUGGCUAAUUUCAAUAAAUUAUUUUUUGUUCCCUUGAUACCACUGGGUUGUCUCCGGUUAUGCUUAGCCUUGUCGUUUUGAGUCAAACCGUUAUAAUGUUGUUCAUCUCUUUAUUUCUCUAG